GGUGGGACUAUGCCAAUUCCAAGGGAGAAUCUUCUUCUAGUAUUUUUCCUAAAAUUCAAAACCUCCUUUGCCUGUCUUCUGAAAUUCCUUGGCAUCUUUCCUUUCUCCUACCAUAGCAAAAGCUUUAAGACACGUGGGAAAGUGUAAUUGCAGAGGUACUGGCAUCAGCUGAACUUAAUGGGCACAAACAACUCAUACAAUUGAUUUGUUUCAUUAAUUCUCAGUUUCAGUUCAUUGAAAGCUUCUGCAGUGUGGUGUUUGUGCACAGAAUAGCUGUAGGAUGGGAUGUGUAAGGGGUCCUGCAGCAUGGUCACAAUGCAGAUCUGCCCCUCCUGAACAGGAUGGAGCAUCAGGAAUGGGGCAGUCAGCCUUAUUUUAAUGAGUGUCGGGGUCGGAUCAGGUGUUUUUUAGGCUGGGCGUUAACGUUUGUGUUGAAGGCAGUAAUACUGAGUGACUGGACUGAGCAUGGCGUGUAAUCUAGCGGAAAGGUCUGUGCCAUGGUGCUCUACGUGUUUCCAUGGUAUCAGUUCACUUCUCCAGGGUGAGCUGUGUGGCCAAACCCUGAAACUUUGUCCUCUACCUGGGGAAUUUUGUGCUUCCAGUGGUGUUUAUAAAGCCAAUACUCUGUGCUUGUCUGUGUGCCUUGUGCUGCUUGCUGUUUCAAGAAAGAGCUACCACAUCUUAGAGUAAGAUUUUGUUUGAAUAGCAGGGGUCAGCCUCUAGGGAGGUAAGAAAUUAGAUCAGAGAAUGACAAUUGCUAAAUCAAUGCAAAUACAGAUAAAUACAAAUCUUCAGAAAUGUCCAGAGAAAACUAUAGCAACAUGUUGUAACAGUACUGCAUGCAAAGCCUGUGAGCCCUCGGCACUAAACUGUAAGAAAAGUGUAGGAAUAGGGCUUUACAGCCUCAUGAAAACUUUGUAGUCAAAGCUAACGUAAAAAAGGGCUUCACUUGCUACUGGCCAUGAUGUAGAAUUGUAUAUUGAGGGAUUAAAGCUUUGAGAAGGCAGUGCUGCUCCCCUGUGCAGUAAUGGUGAUAAGCCAGGAUAAAAGUUGUGUGUGAUUCUGUGUGCUGAAGGUGGCAGAGGGAAGUACUCCAUGACUGCCAUGGCUAACUUGGGCGUGAGAAGGUUUGCCUAUCAAAGCCUCAGUCAGGGGUGGAGGAGCUCCUGCACUCUGGAAGCACCAUUCCAGCCUGUGCUGUGGUUCAGUCCCCACCUUCCCCUCAAACCGGCAUCCCGGCACCAAUAGCAUUGCACUGCACACCCAUUAUUCCUGAAAACUGGAAUGCUGACCCUCCUCUUGGUUCCAUGCUGCUCCACCAAAGCUCCUCCAGUCUUUCAGUCAUUGGCUCAGGUGGGAGUGGUCCAAGUGCUGCUGGCCUCCUCCUCCUGCUUUCCCUGCUGGAGCCGGGUCCUUUUGGGACAGGUGGGGCCGGGCAUCUCUCACGCACCUCGGUGACCACACGUGGCUGUGCCAGCUCAGCCUGGUCUGGCCGUGGGCUGUGCCUGGCCGUGGGUAUCCCGGGGGAAAGGGGUGGUGGUACUGUCCUGCUGUCACAGGAAGAAGCUGUUUCCUGCAGACCUCUGCUCUGCAUCCUGGUGCUGUGCGCUUUGCUCCAGCGUGACCCAGCUCAGCAGCCUCCAGCCUCUCUCUCUUCCCUGAAUGGCAGGCUCCUAAAGCCUCCCCUGGAGGUGCAUAACUCUGUAUAGGAAACUUAAUCCUGCUGACUCCAGGUUCCCAGGACUCCUAGGAUGAGGCUGCUGUGAAGGACUGGUGGAUCCCCUGCCUGUGCUGUGGUGCCUGCUGAUUCCCUGCGAUCCCCUUUCCAGCUGGAGCACCGUUACCAAGGCUGCUGGGAAGAAUGACUGUUGGAUGCCUACUGCAACCCCCUGUGCUGGGGAGGACUUGGCUCCCCGUGCUGCUGCUGGCAGCCUCUGCUCACUGCCACUGGCCCAGCGAGCCGGCAGAAGUGGUUCGGGACUGGGAGAACCAGCUGGAGGCCUCCAUGCACUCGGUGCUCUCGGACCUGCGGGAGACUGUGCCGGCGGUGGUGGGCAUACCCGACAGCUCUGCCGUGGUGGGACGCUACUUCAGAGUCUCCAUCCCCACAGAUUUAAUUGCUUCCAAUGGAGAGGUUGUCCAGAUCUCUGAAGCUGGGAAGGACUCCUUGCCUUCUUGGUUGCACUGGAAUGCAGAGAGCAGCUCCCUGGAAGGGCUGCCCCUUGACACGGACAAGGGUGUCCACUACAUCUCGGUGACCACUCUGCAGCCCUUCCCGAAUGGGAGCUAUGUCCCACAGACCACAAACGUCUUCUCCGUUGAGGUCCACCAAGAGGACCACAACGAGCCUCAGUCGGUGCGAGUGGCCGUCCAAGACACGAGUGACACAGCGCCCUUCGUCUGUGGCUCAGAAGAGCCCGUCACUAUCCUGACUGUCAUUUUGGAUGCCGACUUAACAAAAAUGACACCAAAGCAGAGGAUUGAACUCUUAAACAGAAUGAGAAGCUUUUCAGAGGUGGAACUUCACAACAUGAAGUUGGUUCCUGUUGUAAAUAACAGACUCUUUGACAUGUCAGCUUUCAUGGCUGGACCAGGAAAUGCAAAGAAGGUGGUGGAAAACGGGGCCUUACUCUCAUGGAAACUGGGAUGUUCCCUGAGCCAAAACAGCGUCCCCAACAUCAGCAAGGUGGAGGCUCCAGCUAAGGAAGGAACCAUGUCUGCCCGCCUUGGCUACCCGGUUGUUGGCUGGCACAUUGCUAACAAGAAACCUCACCUCCCAAAGAGGAUGCGGCGGCAGAUCAACGCCACCCCUACGCCUUUGACUGCCAUCGGGCCGCCCACCACUGCCGCACAAGAGCCGCCCACCAGGAUUGUCCCCACCCCGACGUCGCCAGCCAUCGCGCCUCCCACAGAGACAACGGCACCCCCUGUCCGGGAGCCCAUUCCACUGCCGAGGAAGCCAACAGUCACCAUCAGAACCAGAGGCCCCAUUGUCCAGACGCCCACGCUGGGGCCAAUCCAGCCAACCAGGGUAGCAGAAGGCACGGGCACGGCCUCCGUGCCGAUUCGCCCCACGAUGCCUGGGUACGUAGAGCCCACAGCGGUGAUCACACCGCCCUCAACUACCACCAAGAAGCCGAGAGUCUCCACCCUGAAGCCAGCCACGCCGUCCACGACAGAUUCCUCCACGGCAAUAACACGAAGGCCCACUCGAAGGCCCAAAACACCCCGUCCAACAAAGCCUCCCAGCACAACCAGAUCGCCCAUCUCCAAGCUGACAACAGCCUCUCCGCCGUCCCGCGUGCGCACCACAGCCAGCGGGCUGCCCCGGCCCUGGGAGCCAAACGAGCCACCCAAGCUGACGAACCACAUCGACAGGGUCGAUGCCUGGGAGGGCACGUACUUCGAGGUUAAGAUACCAUCAGACACCUUCUACGACAAGGAGGACACCACCACUGACAAGCUGCAGCUGACCUUGAAGCUGAAGGAGCAGCAGAUGAUUGAGGAGAAUUCAUGGGUGCAGUUCAACAGCACCAGCCAGCUCAUGUAUGGCAUGCCAGACCACAACCACAUUGGGAAGCAUGAGUACUUCAUGUAUGCCACCGACAAGGGCGGGCUUUUUGCCGUGGAUGCUUUUGAAAUCCAUGUCCACAAACGCCCACAUGGGGACAAGUCUCCGGUGAAGUUCAAGGCCAGGCUGGAAGGGGACCACAAUGCAGUGGUGAAUGACAUCCAUAAGAAGAUCAUGCUGGUGAAGAAGCUGGCUCUGGCAUUCGGCGACAGGAACAGCAGUACAAUCACAGUGCAGGACAUCGCCAAAGGCUCCAUCGUAGUGGAGUGGACCAACAACACGCUGCCCCUGGAGCCUUGCCCUCGGGAGCAGAUCCGGACUUUGAGCAAAAAAAUUGCGGAUGACUCCGGCAGGCCGAGCCCAGCUUUCUCCAAUGUCCUGCAGCCUGAGUUCAAGCCUCUGAAUGUGUCUGUGGUCGGUUCCGGCAGCUGCAGGCACAUCCAGUUUGUCCCCGUGACCAAGGACGGCAGGGUGAUCUCAGAGGCCACGCCAACGGUGGCAGCGGGCAAAGACCCCGAGAAGAGCAGCGAGGACGAUGUGUACCUGCACACCGUCAUCCCUGCCGUGGUGGUGGCCGCCAUCCUCCUCGUGGCUGGCAUCAUUGCCAUGAUCUGCUACCGCAAGAAGAGGAAAGGCAAGCUGACCAUCGAAGACCAAGCCACCUUCAUAAAGAAAGGCGUGCCCAUCAUCUUCGCCGACGAGCUGGAUGACUCCAAGCCCCCGCCGUCCUCCAGCAUGCCCCUCAUCCUCCAGGAGGAGAAAGCCCCUCUGCCCCCUCCAGAGUACCCCAACCAGAGCAUGCCGGAGACCACGCCGCUCAACCAGGACACCAUCGGGGAGUACACUCCGCUGCGGGACGAGGACCCCAACGCGCCGCCCUACCAGCCUCCCCCGCCCUUCACGGCACCCAUGGAGGGGAAAGGCUCCCGCCCGAAGAACAUGACCCCCUACAGGUCCCCACCUCCCUACGUGCCCCCUUAACAAACAGGAGGCUCUCGGGGGAGAAGGGGCCUCCAGCUCCACACCGGUGCUGUCUGUGGGCCGGCAGCCCCCUCGCCAGCCGGGAACGUGAAAGCCCAGCCCGCUCCCCAGCAGGCUCUCCCCGGCUGCGCCCGCCGCACCGGAGCGCUCGCGGGACUCGGGGGGACACUUGUUUUAUUUUUGCCUAACAAGCUUUGGUUUUAUUUUAUUCAUAGAAAAAAAUUCUCGGCUCAAAGACGCCUUCCCGGCGGCUGGGCUUCGGCCGGGGCCGGGCGGUGGGCAGGGAGGGGGGUCGGGAUGGGUCGGGCCGGGUCGGGAGGAGCAGGCAGCACUGGGGUAGCACUCUGGGUCUCCGCUGUUUGCCUUUAACACUAACUGUACUGUUUUUUCUAUUCACGUGUGUCUAGCUACAGGACGUAACAUGAAAGGUAGCCUAAAAAUAAUUAAAUUCAAGGGACUUUCUGAAGUCGAUGGUUUAAGUUUUUACAUUUAAUCUGCUGUUUACCUAAACUGGGAUGUGUAGUUUUUGGGGAGGGGGAGGGCAGUGCUGUGCUGCAGGCGAGCUCCACGGGCUGGUCAGCGGGGCCAGCCAGCCUCCUCCUCCUCCUCUUGGGGUGGAUCAGCUUCUUGGUUUGGGGUUUGAUUAUUUUAUCAUUUUUAUUUUAUUUUUAAUCAAAGAAAUCCUAUCUUUCGCACGCAUCAUAAAAUAGUCAUGAGUUGGGUCAGCCUGGCCUGGGGUGCCCAUGGCUGAGCAGGGGGUGCAUCGCUGUGCCGGGGAAUGCAAGUGGCAGGGUGAGCUGAGCCCUGUGCCACGACGAACUUCUCUGCUUCCCCGCGAGCACCAGAGUUGGGGGGGUCGAUUUGAAGCAAAACCCCUUCCCCAUGGGGUGUUUUGAUGAGAGUAGGGUGUGUUCUCUGUCCCGGCUGCUCCUUGGGACUGUGCAGGAAUGGCCUGGCUGGCUUCAUGCUGGCACUCCAGCCUGGACACGGAUGGAAAAGAUAAAAAAAGUUUAAAAAAUAAAUAAAUAAAAAGAAAAAAAAAAAAGGCGCCAGGAAUAGUUAAUAGUUGAAAAAAAUCGGUGAAUUCUCAAAUCUAAUUUUUUACUAAAUUUUUGAUACAGACUCCGAUUGUUUUAUUAAAAAAAAAGACUUAAAAACCGG